CUCCGCGUCGCGACGCCGCCCACGGUAUGUCAAUCGCCAGUGGCGCGUCGGGGUCGGUCGGCAGCGCGUCCACCACUGCGCCGCGCCGCGCCGCUUGCUGCCGCGGUCGGUUGUAUGUACCGCUGGGCCGGUUUUGUAAUUUCGCUGGGCAGGCCGUGACGUCAUGAGACUAGUUUGACGUGCAUGCGUGACGGCCUGCACCAGGACGCCAGCGUCGCCGCCGCCCCCGACCUUAUGUGCUAGUGGAAUGACGUGCUCGUUUCUUUCGGCAAAAGUUUGUAUGAGAGUGUGAAGAAGCUUGUGUCAUCGUUGUCGGUAUGGGUAUUGUUUCUUAGUUGUCUUUUUAGCAGUUCAUUUCAUAUCAAAAGUGCAUAGAAGCCAGAAGUAGUUGUGUGAUUCUUAAAGCUUAUCAAGAGAGGCCGUAUUUCUUAGUGAGUUUAAUGUUAAUGUAUGUGAUUCAACCGUACGUAAGGACCCUGAUCUGAGGCACACACUAACAGCUACGAGCAUGUAUCUGCUGUGCGAGUAGUGUAUGCAGACGAAUGUUGUCCACUUAGUAAGUGUGUGUCACUCGCACACGCACACAAAGUCCGGGCUGAGCGGCGAAGCCUUUUUGUAAUUUUGUUUUUCCUCUUGCUGCGAGGGAAUGGUGCUCUCAAGCUUCGAAUCAACAAAGACGUCAUUUGUAUUUUAAAAAUCAUAUUGGAUUCUGUUCAGACAUUCUAUUAAGAACUAAUUGUAUACAUAUACAUAUAAACAUUAAUUUGUGUUGCAAUUUACAUAAUUAGUUAUAGGAAUUUUAUUUAAUUACAACAUAAUUAUUUACUAUAGAAUAUAACGCGUUGUUAGCAAAACGAAAACUAAUUAGUGAAUGCGGUUAACUGUUGGAAUUUUCUUUUACUAGUUGUAUUAUUAAUAUUGUAUUUGAACAUUUUAUUUGGUCAAUAUUGGGUACUUUGAUUGUUAUAAACUAUAUUUAGAUAAUAACUAUUAAAAUAUUACUAUAAAUAUUUACACUAGAAGUCUAAAAAUAUGUUAAUAUUUUGAAAAUUCCGAGAGAACAAAGAGAAAUUUAAAUCGUGGAAUUCUUGAAUGUACAGGAUUUAAGACUGGUCCCGACUAACUGACGUAUCUCUUGCUCACACUAGUAGCUCAACGAUAUAUCGUUCUUUUUUACUCUUAUGGUUGAGCCUCAGCCUCUGAGUCCGAAGUUAGCCAUUGAGGGCAGUUUCUCAGUAUGGCUUCUGAAGCAAUAAUACGAGCUCAUUUUUUUAUGAAAUGAGUAUGUAUGUAUAUGUGUGAGUUUUUAUCGGCUAUCCGAAGAAACUAUAUUAUUGAAGUAUCGGAUCAAAUAAUUGCCUUCUUUCCUGCUUAUCAACUAUCGACUUGAAAAUUCUGUCCGUUCGUGGUAACGGAUGGCAUGUUUUGACUGUAUAGAUGCAAGCGCGCAUUUGAAGUAUGAGCGAUUAAUGUUUGUGUUAUGAUUGUAUUCUGACGAGUUUGGCAGGCACGUGGCGGGUUGGCCACAACUGGUAAGUUGGCACCGCGUGCGCCGCCGCCGCCGCCGCCACCCGCGCCGGUGCAGGUCAUUCCUGAACGAGUUCGGGCGCUUCUCGCCGGGUGGGUGCCACUUGAGACUUGUUCUCUUCUAACUGGACUUAAAUCAGCUGUUGGUUCGUCGUCCUUGGCUUUCAUUAUGACUCCAUUCUAAGUUUGACCGAUUUCUUCAGGGGUAGCUGUUGUGCAAUGCUGCGUAUAUGCAUAAAUGUGAAUUGAUUGCAUAUUGAUAUCGUUAUGACUUUACUAUUGGAUCUAAGAGAUGUAGUUCUCCCGCAUUUCUUCAUAUGAAAUUAAAUCAAUCGUUCUCCUACGUAUACCACUUCUGUGUAUAUGUCUCCUAAGUACCUUUACAUGAGCCGCUAUAUAGUCAAUUCGUUUCCUUUUUCUUCAAACUCGAUCCUCAAAUCAUUCACGUAAGCAAAUAGGACACGAAGGAACGAGCACGACAUUCCUACCGUUUGCGUAUUGUCUAUGAUUUAUCACUGGGAAAACGGAAAACAAUCGUUGUUGUAUUUUUUGCAGCUUUUUAUAUUCGGGACUGAAGUGUAGAGCGGGGUGCUCCUAGUGGGAGCCUCCGCCGGCACAAAGACGUCGCCGAUAGCGCUAAGACACGGCGUGAUGUCGUCGCCACCGGGGCCUGCGUGCGACGAGCGCGCGCGCACCCCGCGCGCCGUCGUCUCCCCUGCAUCCGCGCCGCGCUCGCCUGCUCCCGCUCACGCUGUGCUCGCCACUAUGACGCCCGUGCAGCCCGCGCACGACUACUACCCUCACAAGGUCGAAAUGGACUCGGAUGAUGGCUACCCUCCAGAAGCACACUCGUAUCGUCACUCUCCACACGAGCUCGCCGCCUACGCCCCAGACAACAAAGUGCCCGUUCAACCUGACGUCUACGAUCAAGGCAUGGAGUCCAUAGACGAAAAGACCCCUAUUGAUCUCAUAUAUGAAGAUGAUAAACAGACUGUAAUUUACACGACGACGGCGGAUCAGAAGCGAGUUGAGAUGAUAAGUGGGCAGUUGGAUGACGGGCAGCUCGUUAGCGGAGGAGGACAGCUGGUGGACGGCGGAGUUUCCGUGGUGGUCGGUCCGCCGGGUCAAGGCGGACAAACCGUGCUCGUCAUCGCGGACCACGUAGUCGACGAGCUGGGACAAGUCAUCGCUAUACCAAGAAGACGCAAGGAGGUGAUGGAGGUGAGCGGAGAGCCUUGGCGCGCGUACUACUCGAGCGGUGCCGAGCACCCUCUAAGCGCGGCCACCUCAGCUGUGCUGGACGUUUCUGAAGAGCAGGCACAACCGCUGGAAUACUACCGCCUACCGCCCCUAGCCCAGGACACGCACCUUAAUCUACACAAGGACCCAAAACUCGUCGAUGUUUGGCAGGCCGGCGGCGGUGCGCUGAAGGCGGCCAAUGGCGCGCAUGGGGCGGAGCUCAGCGAGCUGUCGGGGCUGCUGCACGCGGGGCUCGUGAAGCGCGAGCCCGAGGACCUCAGCCGCAAGGUGGUCGACGAGCCCGAGCCGCACGCGCUCAAGCCGCCGCGACACAAGGUGGCGGUCGGUGAGCCCGGCGAAGCGGCAUCGCCGUCUCCGGUGCCGUCCCGCGCCUCCUCCGCCGGUUCCCUGUUGCCCGACGCCGCAAUGUACGCGGCGCAGAUGUUCGCACCGCCGGGUACUCCCAGUCCGACACCCUAUGGGGAGCAGUAUCCACGCCAACCGGCUUCUUUCGCCGGGGAGGCUUACUACAGAGAAUACUUCGUCAGUGACGGAUACCAGCAGAGGGCGGCACCGCCGUACGCCGAUGCGGAGUCAGUUCCGGCGUCAGCGUUCGGCGAGCGGUAUGCUGCACCUCGCUAUCACGGCAAGAGCGUGAUCGCAGCCGCUGGGCUGACGGUGGACCUGCCGUCGCCGGACAGCGGCAUCGGCGCGGACGCGGUCACCCCGCGCGACCACACCGCCGUGCAGCAGUCGUUCGACUACACGGUGAUAUGCCAGCAACCGAGUGAAGACGGUCGCGGCACCCCAUCCACACACCACUCGCCUGCACAGCCCCCGCGCACCAGGCCGUGGCAUGACUUCGGCCGACAGAACGACGCUGACAAGAUACAAAUCGCAAAGCUAUUUUCUCCGUACGGGUUCAAGUACCACUUGGAGACUGCGAGCAGCAGUUCGCAGCGACGAGAGGACGACCGCAUCACCUAUAUCAAUAAGGGCCAGUUUUACGGCAUCACCUUAGAAUACGUUCACGACCCGGACAAACCUCUCAAAAAUCAAACUGUCAAAAGUGUGGUUAUGCUAAUGUUCCGAGAAGAAAAGUCGCCAGAAGAUGAAAUAAAAGCGUGGCAGUUCUGGCACGGAAGACAGCAUUCAGUCAAGCAGAGAAUUUUAGAUGCCGACACCAAGAACAGCAUCGGUCUGGCAGGCUGCAUCGAGGAGGUGGCCCACAACGCGAUAGCCGUCUACUGGAACCCACUCGAAAGCGCCGCAAAGAUCAAUAUCGCCGUACAGUGUCUCAGUACGGAUUUCAGCAGUCAAAAGGGCGUGAAGGGUCUACCGUUGCAUAUACAAAUUGACACAUUCGAAGAUCCACGGGACACACAAGUGUACCAUCGGGGUUACUGCCAAAUUAAAGUGUUCUGUGAUAAGGGUGCUGAAAGAAAAACAAGAGACGAGGAAAGAAGAGCGGCGAAAAGAAAAAUGUCAGCCACGAAUAGAAAGAAACUCGACGAAAUAUACCACCCAGUUACGGAGAGGAGUGAAUUCUAUUCAAUGGCCGAUUUGUCGAAGCCACCUGUAUUGUUCAGUCCAGCCGAAGACAUUGACAAAUUAGCAGGGAUGGACAUCCAAGGCUUCUACGGUCAUGAUGAAGCGGCGCUCGCAGAAGCACAUCUGAAAGGCGCAUCCCCGUUUUUACUACAUGCAGCGAAACCGCAAGCGCCAGCGUUAAAAUUCCACAACCACUUCCCUCCUGAUGCACCAGCAUACCGGCCUGACGUGGGCGGUUUAUCUCCGUACAGCGACCGAAAGGACUCGCUAGAGCUGGAAGGUGUUCUAGGCAAGCGCGCGCGUACCUCCACGCCGCCGCUCAGCGAACGCGUAAUGUUGUACGUGCGCCAGGACACUGACGAGGUUUAUACCCCGCUGCACGUCGCACCACCCACCACUCAGGGCCUGCUGCAUGCCAUUGAGAAUAAGUACAAAAUUUCAAGUUCGGCAAUUAAUAAUCUUUAUCGAAAGAACAAGAAAGGGAUUACGGCCAAAAUUGACGAUGAAAUGCUGGCGUAUUACUGCAAUGAGGACCUUUUCCUACUGGAAGUUCGGCCUGCAAGUGUCAACGAAGACGAGCCGCUCUAUGACAUAACGUUCGUAGAGCUCUCGAUCGACCACUAGCCGAGGGACAAGUGCCGCAUGUUUGCGUCGUUCUGUAGCGCACUUAGAGGGCAGAAGUCCAGUUUUGGGAACGAUUUUUCAUCUUGCAGUACACGCUUUUCGGCGUAACUUCAAGCCUCUCUGAGAUGUACAGCCGACGUUAAAAACACCAGUGGCGUCCAAAAACUCUUUAAAUAAACGAAAGAUGUGUACACCUAAUGUGAGCGCCCGCCUAGUACUACCGCGUAUGAUACCACCGCUGGUCAGGUGUUUUAUCUUACUCACUACGCUCCUGCUCCGUCUUAAGAAGAUGGACUAUUGACAUGUGGCGUCUUCGAGCUCUAGGGCAGCUUAUGCAUUCCUUUUGUAAGCACAUAAUAAAAAAAUAUAUGUAUAUUAAUUUAUAAAUGAGAUAACGUUGUCUCUAAAUGUGUCGAUCUCAGAUUGAAAUUACUUUUAAGCGAUUCAUCACCAUAACAUUGUUUAGAUGGAACAGUACGUCACAAAUUCGUUGGUCGCUAGGUGGACGACGUUGAGAUCAUUGUUGUAUAUAUCUAAUUAAGUGCCUUAUGAAAUUACAGAGUGUAGGUGAUGAUACGACCUGUGUUAUGAUGGCAAUGUUAUUUCUGUUGUUGGUUUACCUAGAGAGUACCGUUCGUGUCUUAUGUAAAGUAUAAUGUUGCUCAUUAUAAACGUGUGUGCCAUUCACUCGGUUAACAUACUAGUUGUAUGUAGUUAUCGUUUCAACAGGUACCUUUUAAUCUUGCCAUGAUGAUAAACUAAGGAAUUCUUGUCACAAAACUUAUUCUGUAGAUGUAUUGUCUACACACUAAAGCGCAAAGUGCCUUCAUCAUAAUAAUGUUAUCUCUAUAUUAAGUGAGUUAAGUCAUUUUACAUGCCAUCCACUUUUGUUAAGUUUUAUAUACGUAAGUUUUGGUCUAAGCUCGCUCAAUCAUUCACUUAGCAAAGUUCUAGUUUUAGGUUACAGCGUCCUCAGCUUCCAUGAUAUCCGUUCCAUAUCUUGCUCAAUAUACAUGAAUAGUUCUUGUUUGACUUCAAUAGUUCUGUCUACAAUUAUUUUACUGCUUAAUAAAACGUUUCAGAUUUACAAAAUGGAAGCAACGGACGAUAUUUAAAAUUUCAAAUGAGACAGUCACAAUUUUGCAUAAUGUAUGAUAAAAUAAUAUAGUCAUUUAGACAUAGUCACAAAAGUCGUCCAUUGGAACAACAUUAACAUUAUCAUCGGUGGGUGUGGUUUGUGUAUACGUAUUUUUAAGAUUUUAAAGGUAAUACAUAUUGUUAUUUUAAUUAACUGAAAUCGAUACGUUAGUUAUCGGGCCAUGACAACGUUUUAGUUUACGAAGUAUUUUUGUCCAAGACUUAUUUAUGAUAUAAGACGUCAUUCUAAAUAAAAAAAAUUUUUUUAUGUCUAUCAGCCAUUUUAAUGUCGCAUUAAAGUAUUAUAAACAUCUUUUAUACGUGAUUAUAAUUAAUCACAUUGUCGUGAAUUUUUAAUUUAUCCAAAUUACGUUUUUAAUGGUUUGC